UCACACUCUCUCUCUCUCUCUCUCUCUGUCUUGCCUUCAAAGCAAUGAGCUCGCGUCUGACUGUUCACUCUUUUCCCUCAUCGAGUUGGCAAUGACACGCAAACUGAGGAACGACGUUCUCCUCUCGCUUCUCUUCCUCACCACUUCCCUCCACGCCACCCGCUGCGCCACCACCCGCCACCGUUACGAUCAAGCUUACGCCGACGAACUCCUCGGCUCCGCUAAGCGAGACCAGCCGUGGCUCACGUCCAUCCGGCGGCGAAUCCAUGAGUACCCGGAGCUCCGGUUCGAGGAGCACAACACCAGCUCGCUCGUCCGAGCCGAGCUCGAUCGGCUCGGCAUCCCCUACUCUUACCCCUUCGCCGGCACCGGCGUCGUCGCCGUCGUGGGGUCCGGGUCAUCACCUGUCGUCGCUCUCCGGGCCGACAUGGACGCCUUGCCUUUGCAGGAACUUGUCGAGUGGGAGCAUAAGAGCAGAAUUGAUGGCAAAAUGCAUGCUUGCGGACAUGACGCCCAUACGACCAUGCUUCUUGGUGCUGCAAAAUUACUGAAUGAACGGAAAGAUAAACUUAAGGGGACCGUAAGACUUAUUUUCCAGCCUGCUGAAGAGGCAGGAGCUGGUGCUUCCCACAUGAUCAAAGAAGGCGCACUGGGUGAUGCCGAAGCAAUAUUUGCAAUGCAUAAUGAUUAUACAACGCCUACAGGAAGCAUAACUUCACUUGCUGGCCCGAACUUAGCUGCUGUUUGCACGUUCAAAGCUAAAAUAGAAGGAAAAGGUGGCCAUGCUGCAGCGCCUCAUAAUAGUGUGGAUCCGGUACUCGCUGCUUCAUUCGCCAUCUUGGCACUUCAACAGCUUGUCUCAAGAGAAGCUGAUCCGCUCCUCAGUGAAGUGCUCUCUGUAACCUAUGUUAGAGGUGGGAGUGGAUUGAAUAUAAUUCCUCCAAUUGUCGAAUUCGGUGGCACACUCAGGAGUUUAACCACAGAAGGCCUGCAACGACUCCAGACAAGAUUGAUUGAGGUCAUUGAAGGUCAGGCGGCUGUACACAGAUGUAAAGCCUAUAUUGACCUGAAAGAGGAUGAAUAUCCCGCUUAUCCAGCUGUUGUGAACGACGAAGCUCUAACACUGCACGUCGAGAGAGUUGGGAGGCUUCUGUUGGGUCCCGAAAAUGUCAGGGUGGGCAAGAAGGUCAUGGCAGGCGAAGAUUUCGCCUUCUAUCAAGAACAGAUUCCUGGCUUCAUGCUUGGCAUCGGGAUUGGAAACGAGGAUGUGGGAUCGGUUCAUUCCCCGCAUUCCCCUUAUUUUUUCCUUGAUGAGGAUGUGCUCCCGAUAGGAGCAGCAGUACAUGCCGCUUUGGCAGAAGUAUAUUUGUCUGAGCACCAGCAUUCAUCUGUACAGUAAACAAAUUUAGUGAAUGACGUGAGUAGGCAAAGAUGGGAGUUUCCCU